GCAGCGUUUUAGGGGAGAAAAAUGUUGUUCCGCAAAAUUCCUUUUAUGUCCCCGAUUAACAUUUAACAGUGGUCUUUCCCUUCCAAAUGCAGCGUUCGUGAUUGGGUUAUGUGCUCUCUGUCCCUCUUCGUUUCCAGAUUUUCAUCACUCGUAUCAUCAAUUGUUACGAUCCAUCAAUUCCAUCAAAUUUAAGGUUUUUUUUUUGGGGGUGAAUUACGCCCCAUUUUGGCUUUAGCUGGUUGAGAGAAUUAUUUGAAUGGAUUCGAGUUCGAGUCAGCCAGAGUUUGAUUACUUGUUCAAGUUGUUGAUGAUUGGGGAUUCUGGUGUUGGAAAGAGUAGCCUUCUUUUGAGCUUCACUUCUGAUACCUUUGAAGAUCUCUCUCCUACUAUCGGUGUUGAUUUUAAAGUAAAAUAUGUCAAUAUUGGGGGCAAAAAGCUCAAACUUGCAAUUUGGGAUACAGCUGGUCAAGAGAGAUUUAGAACACUGACAAGUUCAUAUUACAGAGGUGCCCAAGGGAUUAUCAUGGUCUAUGAUGUAACUAGGCGAGACACAUUCACUAACCUUUCUGAUGUAUGGGCGAAGGAAAUUGACCUAUAUUCAACAAAUCAAGACUGCAUCAAGAUGCUUGUUGGAAACAAGGUUGACAAGGACAGUGAACGGGUUGUAACGAAAAAAGAAGGCAUAAAUUUUGCCAGGGAAUAUGGAUGCCUUUUUAUUGAAUGCAGUGCUAAAACUCGCGUUAACGUGCAGCAGUGUUUUGAAGAGCUUGUUUUAAAGAUUUUGGAUACGCCUAGCCUCUUAGCUGAGGGCUCCAAGGGCUUAAAAACGAACAUCUUUAAAGAGAAGCCGCCACAAACUGAUGCAUCAACGAGCAGUUGUUGCUGAUGCGAAUUCCUCUCAUAUUAAUGCCACAUUUUCAUAUCCUAACUUUAGUGGUGGUGGUUCUCCACCUAAUCCUGAAGAAAUUAUUAUUCUUUUGGUUACUGUUUUACAUGAAUUGGAAAUUACUUGUAAUAUAGGAAUGCCGUGAUUUCUCUCAUUUUCUCUAAACCUCUGUUUAUGUACAUUGAAUAUUGCUCUUGCUGAGUGAUAACCCGUUGAAGUCAAAAACUAAUUACUGUUAAGAUACAAUGAAGACUUUCGCUUAUUUGCAA